AAGAAAUCUGUUUAAUCACCCACCCAUCAUCCCCUGCUUCUGUUCCUCCAAAUCCAAACCCUAAGACAACCUAAUUUUCAGUUCUCUUCUUCCCUUCUCUUCUACCUAUUUUUACAUUUUUUUACACUCCUCUCUUGUUAUGUCUCUCUGAUUCUGCUCUCUUUCUUGUGGAACCCUUUAUUUCCCCAACAUUUUUUUUACAUUUUCAUCUCAACUUUCAUGGGAGAGACCAACAAACGACGUCUCUCCGACCAUACCCACCAACGGAGUAAGAAGCAUCUACCUUCCUCUUCCCCUUCUUCUGCUACUCCAUCUCCUAUUCCUUCAAACUCACUUUCUCAUCAAACACACUUCCACAAUCCCUCUCCCCACCCACCCCACAAGAAUUCAACCCCACAUUUUCUUUCCUAUCUCGAUUUCCCUAAUUUGCCUUUUCAGAUCAAAUUAAUGUGUGAAAUCAUCGCCAAUUCCCCUUCUCUCGACGUUGAAAAGGCUUUGGAAGACACUGGCAUUCAUGCUACUCAACAAGAUGUUGAGGAGGUUCUCAAAUUAUCUUACAGAUUCCCAGGUUCCUCUGUCAAAUUCUUCCGGUGGUCCGGCCGCAAACUCAACGACCAACACAGCCCCUAUGCUUGGAAUUUGAUCAUCGACAUGUUGGGUAAGAAUUUAUAUUUCGACCCUAUGUGGGAUGCUAUGAAGUCCAUGAAGUCAGAAGGGCUGCUUUCUUUGGCCACUUUUGCUUCUGUGUUCAGUAGUUAUGUUGUUGCUAAUCGUGUUAAAGAUGCCAUUAUGGCUUUUGAGGUUAUGGAUACUUAUGGUUGCCCUCAUGAUGUAGUUGCAUUCAAUUCCCUUCUAAGUGCUAUUUGUAGGGAUGGAAACACUAAGGAUGCAGAUGAGUUCUUGCAAAUAGCUAAGCGAAAAAUUAGGCCUGACCUUGAUUCUUAUGCCAUUGUAUUAGAAGGGUGGGAAAGUGAAGGAAAUACAGUCUGUGCCAAGCAAACUUUUGGAGAGAUGAUUGAGGAGAUUGGUUGGGAUCCCACCAAUACCCCUGCCUAUAAUUCUUUUUUGUGUGUAUUGUUGAGGGAUCCCAAUGGGCUACAACGGGCAUUGGUGACCUUCCAAAGAUUAAAGGAUAAGAUGUGCUAUCCAGGAUUUAAGUUUUUCAAGCUUGCCCUUGAUGAGUGCAUAAAGUGUGGCGACAUCAAAUCGGGCAAGUAUCUUUGGAAUGAAAUCAUACAGAGUAUUAAUUUUCAGCCUGAUACAUAUAUGUUCAAUUCAAUGAUAGCUCUUUGUUGUCAUCAAAAUGAUACUGAUGAAGCAAGAAGGCUGUUAGAUGAGAUGAUAUGUUUUGGGGCAUUCCCCAAUGCGGAAACUUACAAUUUGUUAUUUCAGUUCUUAUUAAAGGGAAGAAAGUUAAGGGAUGCAUCAGCUAUCUUUGAUGAAAUGAUAAAAAAUGAGUUUAUUCCAAGCCAUGCUAAUUGUAAUGCAGCAAUCAGGAUUUACAUUGAAAGUCAAGAUCCGAAUGGGGCCAUUAAAGUAUGGAAAUGCAUGCUUAAAAACUAUGAUUCAGAUCUCGAAGAGACUGGUAAUUUCUUAAUUGUACGGCUCCAAGAUCAGAAGAGGUUGCCAGAAGCCGUCAAAUAUGCUCACGAGAUGGUCGAUAGAGCAAUCAAGUUGAAAGAUUCAACUUUGGCCAAACUAAAACAUAGCCUUUUUGAAGUUAGAAAGGAAUCUAUGUACGAUGAGCUAAUGGUGAAGUUGAAAUGUUCUGAGAAAUAAGUACUUUGGUGUAGAAACGAAUUUUUGCUUGAUGAUCAUUUGGUAUGAAGGAAGAUGAAGGUAGCCUGUUUUGGCAACACUCAUUAAAACCACAACCUCCUGAAGAGACAGCUUUUUUGCAUGACAAGAUUCAUGGGAUGUGCAACAGUUCAAUCAUAUUUCCAGGAACUCUUUCAUACUAUUGAAGUUGCAGUGGAGUGGUGUUUUGUGAAAGGACUGAUAUUAGAGGGGGAUAUUAAGGGUAUACGGUGAGUAGGAGAAGAUAAACAAUCUUUUGGAGUACGAAUUAGGGCUUGAGACUAUCUCAAGAUUUAGAGGGCUUAAGUACCACAAAACCUUGUGUUUCUAUUAUCUUUUAUAUUUUUCAACAUAUCCGUGUUCCGUCAAUAUAUCUCAAUCAAACUGAUAGAACCAAACUUCCUCCCAUACAGCCAUACUGGUGUUUAGAACCAAACAUCCUAAAAAACUACUUAGUUAAUUCUUAUUAUAUCCUUAAUAUCCCUCUAAUACCAUACCUAUCAUUUUGUACAAUGCAAAAUGUUUUUGAGGUGCGAAGACGGCUCUGCCACAAAUUUUGGUGUUCAAUGAUAGAGGAUAUCCUCUUCCACCUGCCAUUUCAAGAUGAGAGGGAGGAUCUUUGGUUAGUUUUUAUUUUGCUUCUCUUCGGAGUUUUUUGCUUGAGCUGAAUUGAAGAACUUCUAGAAAUAAGAGGUUGAGAGGCUUUGAAGAGGUGUGGACUUGGGUUUUUUUUUUAAUACCUCUGCGAGUUCUUGCAUCCGAGCCGACAAACCAUGGGUCAUAUUCUUACUUCUUUUGUUGUGUGCUCACUUCAUUUUUUAUUUCUUUCAUUAUUGUCCACUUCCACACCUUCUAGGUUGAAUUGUCUGCGUGUCUUCUUUCAUUAAGAUGAAAGUUUAACUUUAAAACAAAGAUCUUUAAUAUAUUAUGAAAAAGAAAUCUUAGUUUAUGGCUCUUAGUUUAGUUCAUUUUUUGACCUUUGAAUCAAUUUCUUUCAUUUCAAAUCUUAAAGUUGAAAUCACUGUAUUAUAAGUUGUCCUAUUGGGUUUCCUCUGCAACGUUAUUGUGUUGCAGUGCCAAAAGGUUGAUAUUUGUUAUUUGAUGAUCUUUUCAAUGAUACUUAGUUUGAUUUA